GGUUGCUGCUGUUGCUGUUGUUGUUGUUGUUGUUAUGCAAUUGUAAAAUGCCGCAAUUUGAUGAAACUUUUUUGAGCGACUGCGCGCUGGCUGAACGCUGGCGUUUCUAUUCGUAUACGGUGAAGCAACCGUUGCAAGAUGAUCAACAUGAUCAGCAUGAUCAGCAGCAACAACAACAAAGUCAGCGCGCGCGCUGGUCAAAGCGCGAUAACAACAACAACAAUAGCAAUGGCAGCAGUAGCAGCGGCAGCUGCAACAACAACAACAAAUCUACGCUGCAUGACAUCAAAUUCCACAGGAGGCGCGAAUAUAAAAAAUUGCCACGUUUGGCUUUAUCAACAACAGAAACACCAGCAACACUAACCACACCAGCAGCAACACCUCUGUGCACACCAUUGACACCAUCGUAUUUGCUGGUCAAGAAUGUGUUGCUCUACGGCAGCAUCAGUUCUCCAUCCACGCCCAGUAACUGCUCGGGGUCGGGCGGUGGCGGUGGUGUUGGCGGCGGCGGGGGUUGCAACAGCAGCAGCAACAACAGCAUCAACAGUGGCAGCAUCUACGCGGCUCACUCAUCCAGCGCAUCAUCAACGCCGCCGCCGUUGCAGCCACAGCCACCGACAACACCGUUGCAGAGCGGACGAGCCGGCGGCGUGCCACCUGCACCACCGAGCAGCGCAUCGUCAUCAUCGUCUUCGGGCGGUGGUGGUGGAUCGUCCGGCCAUAAAAACAGUUUGAAGGGUACGAAAUUGGCGCGACGAGCACGUUCCUUCAAGGACGAUCUAAUUGAGAAGAUCUCACUGAUGCGCACCACCAACAAUACACUCGGCCGGUCGCAUUCGCCGCACAGUCCGCGCAACAAGCAUGCCACCAAGCCGCCGCCCACCACCGAGGAGGUGCAGCGAUCCACACAGACGCUGGAGACGCACGUCAAGGACAUAUCGAAUGCGCUCAAACAUUUUCGGGAUGUCAUACUCAGAAAGAAGCUGGAAGUACUACCGGGCAAUGGCACCGUCAUACUGGAGACCAUUGCCAGCAUGUAUUCCGUCAUUCAGUCGUACACACUGAACGAGAACAGUGCCAUCAUGAGCUCGGCCACCCAACAGGUCUAUCAAUCGCUUGGCAAGCUCAUCAAGCUCUGCGACGAGGUUAUGCUGAGCGAAAAGAGCGGCGAAUGUGCCUCCCUUAGCAAUGAGAAUGUGCGUGAGGUCAUCGAUCUGCUCGAGGAUGCAGUGCGCAAUCUGGUCACACUGGCGCAGAGCAAACUCAAGGAGCAGGAUCAGUGCACGUUUCGGUACAGCGGCAGCGGCUUGGGCGGCAGUGGCUUGGGCGGCAUCGGCGCCGCCGCCGAUAUAAUGGGCGCAGUGACCGCGGCCAGUACGGUGGGCGGCAGCGUGCCAGGACUGCGCACGCCGGCCGAUGUCGCCGCAGCGGCUGCGGUGGCACAGCGUACGUCGCUGCCGGAUAUUGCGCUGACGCCCAAAGAGCGUGACAUACUGGAGCAGAGCAAUGUGAAUCCGAUGCGCGGCUCUCACAGCACGGAGAGCAUACUGCGCGACACCAGCCCGCCGCCAAAGCCGCCGCUGCCCAAUCGGGCGAGCAAUCCGCCGCCGUUACCACCAAAGCGUCGCAGUCAGCCGCAAUCGCAGCUGGCGAAUAUCAAUGCGUCCAAUAGCAAUACGAAUACCAAUAACAAUACCAAUACCAAUACCAAUACCAAUACCAAUAACAAUACCAAUACCAAUACCAAUACCAACAUCAAUACCAAUAGCAAUAGCAAUACCAAUGCGAACACCACCUGCAACUCGUCGCAGGCAAAUAGCCCAUUGCCCUAUGCGCAGUCGCACAACAUCAGCCUUAAUUCUGAUCUGGAUUGCAGUUCGAACUUCUCGCUGCUUAACUAUGGCGUAGAUCGCCUUUCGGUGCGCUCUCGUUCACCAGAUGAGAACAGCCAAUGCUCGUUCGACUCGGCGCUGAAUCAUUCGCGCGAGGAGGAGGAUCAAUUGCAGAAGCCGCCAUCGCGAACGUUGCACCAUCAGCAGCAUCAGCAGCAUCAGCAGCUGGACGACGAUGUCGACAAGCUUAUUAGCUACAAGAAUCCGGCCGCUGCUGCUGCUGGUAUUGCUAACGCCUUAUCCCAGGAGGCGGGCAUGAGUAGCGCCCAGUUGACGCCACUCUUGCCGGCUGUCAGCACUGACUCGGGUCCGGGCUCUAGUUCAGGCUACGGCUCCGGUUCCGGCGCAAUUGAAGUCAAUACGGAACUGCGUAAAGCCGCAGCUGAGCUAACCAGCAACAGCCAUUCAAAUGAAUCGGGCUUUGUGUCGAUGAUGUCAUUUCGUACUUCAACGCAGAGCGUUUCGAAACGUUCUUCGGAGCACAGUGUGCAAUCAUCGACAAAAUCAUCGAGUAGCAAUUCGGAGAUUGUUUUUGGCAUUAGCGAGAUGACCUCUGCCUCGUCGUCGUCGUCGAACACAACAACAACAACGACGACAUCAACAUCGGCAUCGACGACGAGUCGCAGCAAUAGCAGCAAUAACGAUUUCCAUCAGCUAAGCCAAACGCAAACAUCGCAACGUCACAUCACUAGCAGCAAUGCAACUGCAACAACAAUUAGCACCGAGCAAUUGCAGGCGCUGGGCAGCAAUUGCUCAUCACCGGAUUUGGCGCCGGCGUUGCCACCCAAAAUGCAGUCACGUGCUGCCAUGACAUUGCUCGAUGCGGCCAUGGAUGUGCUGGACGAUUGCAAUUUCGAAAUGGCGGAGCUGCGUCAAUUGUCGCCGCAUCAUCAUGCAUCCUCGCAGCAGCUGCAAUGGCAUUCCAAGCAUCACAGCCUGAUGGAGCCGCCGCCACGCAGCGCCCAGUUGCCCACUAGCUACAGCAGCGCCUUUGAUCGCCAAUUGGAGAAGCCGCCGCCAUUGCCAAGGAAAAAGAAGCACAUGUUUCAGAGUGUCGCCUUCUCGGUUUUGGCUUACAUGGAGAUCUGCUCGGCGAAUUCGCAGUCUGUGGUGCAGAAUCGGCACACAGUGCACGCGUACAACACCAGCCGCAACAUCUCGCAUAGUCAGACCAUGAACAUAAUGUCGGUGAGCAAGGAUCUGUCGUCGGAGCUGGAGACGCCGCCAGCGCUGCCUCCCAAGAACUACAAACAGCGCAAAUCCUCAACGACGAUGACGACGUUAUCAGGAGCGACGCCACCAGCGAUUAUAACAACACCUCCAGCCAGUCCAAAGCCAAUGGUGGGUGAUACGGCGCUGCGGAACAGCCGCAUGACCACCGUCUGCGAGGAGCUACACGAUGCGUCCAAUUCGAGGGAGGAGCCAACAGGCAGCGCCACAGCCACAGCGAUAGCAACGGCUGUGGUAGAUAGCAACGAGAAUGUGGGUGGUUCUACCUUCUAUUGUCACUCGCAUCAGUUGCCCAGCGAAACGUUGGCUGCGGUAGCUGAGCAACUAGCCACGCCCAUUAGUACGCCCAAAUUGUUGGAUACGAACGAAGUGGUGGUGCCAGAUCCAUUGGCUAGAGAGCACGAGCUUGAAGAGCUGGACGAGGAGGAUGCCGAUGAGAUGGAAGAGGAGGAGGAGGAGGAGGAAGAGGGAGAGGUCGAUAAUCAAUUGCCAAAUAUGCUCGAGGAGAUCGACAUAACGCCAUACCUAAUACUCAAAAAGAAGGAGGAGGAUGGGCCCGAAGUGAAGGGCGGCUACAUUGAUGCACUGAUCGUGCACGCCAGUCGCGUCCAGAAGGUCGCCGAUAAUGGUAGGCAUCAUCAUCGACGCCAUCGCUCGACCAAUCAUAAUGAUAACAAUUAUAAUGAUAGCACUAUAACUAAUACGCCGCAUAAGUCGAACACCGUACCUAAAUUUCGUAAACGUCAUCAACCUAAUCAAAGUCCAUUUGUUGUCCAUUUCGUUCAUGCAGCAUUCAGCGAGGCCUUCAUUACCACCUUUCGCACCUUCAUUCAGCCGAUCGAUGUGAUCGAGAAGCUGACCCAUCGAUACACAUACUUCUUCUGCCAGGUGCACGAUCAGAAGCAGAAGGCCGCCAAGGAGACCUUCUCGCUCCUGGUGCGCGUCGUCAACGAUCUGACGUCAACGGAUCUGACCAGCCAGCUGCUCAGCUUGCUGGUGGAGUUUGUCUAUCAGCUGGUCUGCUCCGGCCAGUUGUAUUUGGCCAAGCUGCUGCGUAACAAAUUCGUGGAGAAGGUGACGCUCUAUAAGGAUCAGCGGAGCUAUUCCUAUAUACACGAUCAUGUGGGCAGCGGCAGCAACACAAACAGUCAGCCCAGUCUGCUCGACUUGAAGUCAUUGGAGAUAGCCGAACAGAUGACGCUGCUGGAUGCGGAGCUCUUUCAGAAAAUCGAAAUACCCGAAGUAUUAUUAUUUGCCAAAGAUCAGUGCGAGGAGAAAUCACCUAAUCUCAAUAAGUUCACCGAGCACUUUAACAAAAUGUCCUACUGGGCACGUUCCAAAAUUUUGCGCCUGCAGGACGCCAAAGAGCGUGAGAAGCAUGUGAAUAAGUUUAUUAAAAUCAUGAAACACUUGCGUAAAAUGAAUAAUUACAACUCGUAUCUGGCGCUGCUAUCGGCGCUCGAUUCGGGCCCCAUACGCAGAUUGGAGUGGCAAAAGGGCAUUGCGGAGGAGGUGCGCUGCUUCUGUGCGCUCAUCGAUUCGAGUUCCAGUUUUCGUGCGUAUCGUCAAGCGCUGGCCGAAACCAAUCCACCCUGUAUACCCUAUAUCGGUCUGGUUCUGCAGGAUCUGACCUUUGUGCAUGUGGGCAACCAGGACUAUGUGUCCAAGGGCGUGAUUAACUUUUCCAAACGCUGGCAGCAAUACAAUAUCAUUGUGAAUAUGAAGCGUUUCAAGAAAUGCACAUAUCCGUUCCGACGCAAUGAUCGCAUCAUUCGCUUCUUUGAUAACUUUAAAGAUUUUAUGGGCGAGGAGGAGAUGUGGCAGAUAUCGGAGCGCAUUAAGCCGCGCGGUCGACGCCAAGUCAACUAUUAGUCUAUAAAAGCAAAAUAUGCGAAUGCAUAUGCAGCAGCAGCAGUAAAAGUUUAACAAACGCAAAACAACACCAACUACAUUUAUAGUGCAAUGUUUAUAUACACAAACACACACACACACACAUACACCAUCAACUUAUCUAACUGGGGUCUGAGUACUAUAUUGUUCGCUACUCUGUCUAUAUAUAUAUAUAUAUAUAGAAGCUACACAUAUAUAAACAUAUAUGUAUAUAUAUAGCUAUAGAUGCAGUUGCACAUAAAAUGUACCUUA